GCGCGCCCCCCGCCCGCGGCCGCGCCAUGAAGAGCCUCAAGUCCCGCCUGAAGAAGCACGAAGCGGUCAUCGGGGGCAGCGCGCUGAACCCAGACUGGAGCAAGUACGAUGACAGGCUGAUGAAGGCAGCUGAGAGGGGCGAUGUGGACAAGGUUUCAUCCAUCCUGGCCAAGAAGGGGGUCAGUCCCACAAAGCUGGACGUGGAAGGGAGAUCCGCAUUCCAUGUUGUAGCAUCAAAGGGAAACCUGGAUUGCUUGAACACCAUCCUGGUGCACGGAGUUGAUAUCACAGCCACUGAUGCUGCAGGCAGGAACGCCCUGCACCUGGCUGCAAAGUAUGGCCAUGCUUUGUGCUUGCAGAAGCUCUUGCAGUACAAUUGUCCAACAGAGAACGUGGAUCUCCAGGGAAGAACUGCUCUUCAUGAUGCAGCCAUGUCCGACUGCUCCGCCAGCAUCCAGCUGCUCUGCGACCACGGCGCCGCCGUCAACUCCAAGGACGGGGACGGGAGGACACCGCUGGUGCUGGCCACCCAGAUGUGCCGCCCCGCGCUCUGCCAGCUGCUCCUGGACAGGGGGGCCGAUGUCAACGCCAGGGACAAGCAGAGCAGGACUGCCCUCAUGCUAGGCUGUGAAUAUGGCUGCAAGGAUGCCGUGGAGGUGUUGCUCAGGAAUGGUGCUGAUGUUGGUUUGACUGAUGGCCUUGGGCAUGACUGUGCUUACUAUGCCAGGAUUGGGGACAAUAUUGACAUUUUGGCUUUAAUAAAAGCUGCCGUUGAGGACUCCAGCAGAGGAAGAGACAGCGUCAAGAGAGGGCAGGCUGAGCAAAAGGGCGCCAGCGUGUCCCAGCAGUGGGGCCGGGGCUGUGGAGCACACCAGGAGCUCCAGCUGUUCCAGAAGGAGCCCAGCACUCAGGACUUGGAGCUGGAAAACCAAGAUCUGAAAGACCGGAUGAGAGAGGUGCAGGAGGAGCAGAGGAUGCUGCUGGACAGAAUCAGUGGGCUGCAGCUGCAGCUCAGUGAGGAGCAAAUGUUUGCAGAUGAUCUUGAGAAUGAGAAAGAUGAGCUGAAGAAAAUCCUGACUACCAAGGAAAAGCAGCAGGAAGAAAGUUUAAGGACUAUUGAAGCUCUCAAAGCUAAACUCAAGUAUUAUGAAGGUGACUCUGUGGGGUCUGGAGGUAACUUUGGAAGCAGAAAAGAAGAUUUAUUACUUAAACAAGGCCAAGCGUUUGCAGCAGAAUCCCAGUCCAGGUCUAUGCUGAGGCCCCUGGAGCUCUCCCUGCCGAGCCAGGCUCCCAGCUCCGAGAAGGAGACUUUGAAGAAAGAGCUGGAGAGCCUGAGGAGCUGCUUUGGUGCAGCCAAGGAGGAGAUCAGCAAGCUGCAGAGGGAGCUGGCCCUGAAGGGCUCGGAGUGCAGAGCUCUGGCCUCGGAGUGCGAGCGGAGCAAGGCAGAGUCCGACAGCCAGGUCAGGCAGCUGGAGGACGCCCUGAGGGACGUGCAGAAGAGGAUGUUCGACUCCGAGGGCAAAGUGAAGCAGAUGCAGAGCCACUUCCUCGCCCUCAAGGAGCACCUGGCCAGCGAGGUGGCCUCGGGGAGCGCCAAGGCGACGGAGGAGCUCAAGGAGCAGCUCCGGGAGAUGAAAGCCAAGUACGAGGGAGCCUCUGCUGAGGUGGGGAAACUGAGGAACCAGAUCAAGCAGAACGAAUUGCUGGUGGCGGAGUUCCAGAGGGACGAGGGCAGGCUGGUGGAGGAAAACAAAAGGUUGCAGAAGGAGCUCGCGAAGGUGGAGGUGGAGCGAGAUAAAAGGGGCAGGGAUGUCACGGAGUUGGAAGGGCAGCUCAGAGAGACGGCGGCCAAAUUGGCGCAGUCUGUGAGCGCAGAGCAGUUUGAGAGCAUGAAGGGUUUGCUGUCAGACGAGGUGAAUGAGAAGGCAAGGAGGCUGGCAGAGGUGGAAGGGGAGCGGGAGAGGCUGCAGGCAGAGGUUGUGCUGUUGCAGAGGGAGUCUGAGAGUCAGAGAGCUCAGCUGGCACGGCAUGUGAAGGCAGAAGAGCACGAGCAAAUGAGGAGUGGGUUUGAGCAGAGGGAAGAGGCGCUGGGGAAGGCGAUUUCUGAGCUAUCACACAAGAAUGAGACUCUGCAGAAGGAACUUGAAAGAUUGCAGGCUGAUAACAAGGUGCUGAAGCAGCAAGUCCAAAUGCUAAAAACUGAAAUUAAAAACCAGAAUGUGCCUUUAAAAAUUCAUGAGGAGUUGAAGAAAGCAAACGAUCUGGCUGUGGGUGACCUGACAAAAAAGCUUUUUGAAAUAACAAAGAAGUACAAUGAAAGCAAAGCAGAAGCUGAAAAGUUGCUGGCAGAGAAGAACAACUUAAAUGAGAAUAUCAGCCACUUGCAAGCUGUGUACCUGUCUCCAGAGCAGCACAAGAAAGAGGUGGAAGCUUUAAAAUUGAAUGGGAUUGAGCUUGAAAAGCAGCUUGCUGAGCUUCAGAAGAAAUACGAUGAGGAGCAAGCAAAAGUGGGCAAACUGGUGACUGAGAUCACUGGCCUGAGGGAGACCCUGAGGGAUCAGUACGUGCUGGCCACCACGCACGAGGAGGUCAAAACUGUCCUGAACAGCACCCUGGAAAAAACCAACGGGGAGCUGUCAGAUCUGAAGGGCAAAAUUGGAGAGAUAAAGCAAGAGUUCCUGAGGGUAAACGAAGAAAACGGAGCUUUAAAAAACAAGGUGAAACUCUUACAGAACCAAUUAAAGACGGAGUAUAUCAGCUUAAAAGAUCACGAAGCCACGGUAAAUACUUUAAAUAAAAGCGUGCGAGAGCUGCAGGAGAGCAACGCUGCCGUUAGGGCUGAGCACCAGAGGGGGCGAGAGGAAAUCUCACAGCUGCAUGCAGAAAUCGAAGCCCAGAAGAAGGAGCUGGACACAAUUCAGGAGUGCAUCAAGUCGAAAUACGCCCCGGUGGCCUCCUCCGAGGACAGAGAGCAGAGCUUGGAAGCCACCGUGGAGGAGCUGAGGGCGCAGCUGCAGGAGCAGGAGCAGAGGCGCCGGGGAAGCGAGGAGGAGGCGCGGAGGUGCAGAGAGGAGAGCGAGAGGCUCCGCAGCGGGCUCCUCUCCGUCCAGAACGACCUGCAGCAGAACUACGUCCUGGCGGAGAGAUCCCGCCGGCUGGAGAGGCUGUGUGCCAGCAGCAUGGAGGGGCUCGGCCGGCAGCUGAGGGCUCUGCUGAGGAAGCACACGGGGCAGGAGGGGCGGCAGGACGGCGCCGCGGCUCCGCAGCUCCCGGCGGAGCACCUGGAGGCGCUGAGGGAGGCCCUGGGGCGCGCCGUGGAGGAGCUGCAGGAGGCCCUGAGCAGGAAGGAGGAGCGUUACCGCGAGGAAACGCUGCGAGUCGGGGAGCUGCAGCGGGAGCUGGCUGAGCUGAAGGGGUCCUCGGUGCCUCUGGUGGAACACGCCCGGCUGAAGGAAGGGCUGGAGGGAGAAAUCGCGGCCGUCAGGCGCAGCCUGAAGGAGAAGGAGGCGGAAAGCCAAGGCAAGAGCGAGGAGGUGCUGAGGCUGCGGGCGGAGCUGCAGCUGAGCCAGCAGGCCCUGGCAGAGCUGCGGAGCCAGGAGGUGGUGGCCGUGGCGGAGUACAGCUCCAUGAAGGGUGCCCUGGAGGCCCAGGUGAGCAGCAUGGCUGGCCACUUGGCCAGCAUGAGCCAGAAGUACGAGCAGGCCUGUGAGGAGGCCCUGCAGGCCAGGAGGAGCGAGCUGUCCCUCAAGGACGAGAAGGAGCUGCUCCAGCUGAGGAGCUGCAGCAUCGAGCAGGAGAUCAAGGACCAGAAGGAAAGGUGUGACAAGUCGCUGACAACCAUUAUUGACCUGCAGAAGAGGAUCCAGGAGUCUGCAAAGCAGGUGGAAGCCAAGGACAGCAAGAUAACAGAGCUGCUGAACGACGUGGAGCGGUUGAAGCAGGCUCUCAACGGCUUGUCCCAGCUGACAUACACCACUGGGAUCCCCUCCAAGAGGCACAACCAGCAGGUGGAACUGCUCCAGAGCCAAGUGAAAACACUCCAGCAGCAGCUGGCUGACGCCGCGCGGCAGCACCAGGAGGUGGUGGCAGUGUACAGGACACACCUGCUCAGCGCUGUCCAGGGUCACAUGGAUGAGGACGUGCAGGCUGCCCUGCUGCAGAUCAUCCGCAUGAGGCAGGGCCUGGUGUGCUGACGGGUCUGGGGCCGUGCUCGUGGCACCGAGAGCCUCCAGGGGCUUCGUGCUGCCCUCAAAUCAGUGAUGGUGGCAGAGCUGCAGCUACAGCCUCCCAACCCCAAACAACUCCCGAAGCUGAAGCAUUUUCUCCUCAUCAAACACUACACCAGGGCUAUGGCGUUUCAGGCCUGGCACUUCUUUCGUGAGAUGGAUAAAAAGUGUAGAAAAUCUUUUAAAACUGUCAAAAUGAUGACAUGGAGGUAAAAUUAUUUUAAUGUCUGAUUGACCACUUAUUAAAGCAGGGCCUAUACCCAGAAGCUCCAGUUGAUCCUUGAACUUGAACUCUCAUGGGAUGGUUAAAAAUAAACUGUGCAGAGCAGUGUGGCUGUGUUGUAGCUGUUGGAUGUCCCUUAAUGAUUAAGAGAAAGUGGCUCAUUUGUCACACUGCCUGAGCAGGGUGGGCUGUGACACACACACAGGAAGGUGUUUUGCUGUCUCUUGUAACUUGGCUGGCCAAGUUACAGCCUUUAUUUAAUAUAUAAGCUUAAGAUUUAGUGCCUUUGCUCCUACAAGACUUUAAAAAAAAAAAAAAAUCAGGUUUUCCAUUUGAACACUAAGACUCCCUGCCCUCCCUCCCCCCAGAGUGUUCCUGAAUGCUUCAAUCCUGACUCCUGCAGGCUGGGGAGUGGGGCUGGAGUGGCCUGGUUUGGGGAGCAGCAGCUGGAUCCCAGUGCCCUGCUCCUGCUGCUGCACAAUUCCACUCCUCGUCAGGGUGGGGCUGAGCAGCUCAGUGAGGCACUUCAGGGUCUGGGUUUUCACACCCCAGCUCGUGGAAGUGUGAGCUGUAAAUGAUGUGCUUUGAUCUUAUUUGUGGGGGAAGAUGUCAGGAGUGAGGAUUAAUGGAAGGAGAAUUUUUAAUUGCUGGAAUCUCCCCGUGAAACAAGGCUUCAUUUUUAACUGAAGGAUGGUUUCCAUAAGGAAGUUUCAUGAAAAAAAAAAAAAACAAAAAACCCAUGAAAUUUGUUACUGUUCAAGGGAAGUCUUUGAAAAAUGAGCCUGUUAAGGAAUGGAGCUGUUUAAAUUGAGCACCAGUGAGUGCUGACCUCAGUCUGCUUUUUAAAAGCCUUUGCUGAUAACCACCGAGGGGGAAUGGGGCAUCCUGAUGCAGAAAAGCCAAACUUCCUCUCCAUAUUCCUGAAAAAUGAGGGCUGGAGUCAGAGUUCCCUGCUUUGUGUUGUUUGGGCUCCCCCAGCUGCCCCUCCAGGCCUUGGGCUCAUUUUCUUUACAGUAGAAUUGUGUUUAUCUCCUUUUUUUUUUUUUUUUUUUUCCUCCCUUUUUGGGCAGAGUCUUGUAGGAUUGAAGAGGCCACGUGGAGGCUCCAGACAGUGUUGGAUGUGCAGGGCAGUUUUUAUAUAGAAAUACCCUUAAUAUAUUUACUAAAUACGUGUCUGUAGUAAAACAGAUCUGCUGCUGCUUUCCUUUAGUUUCUUACAGAAAACAUCUCAGAGUAAAGAGUUACUUUUUAGCCAAAUUCUUUUAUGAUUGCAUUACUUGAAACUUAUUGGAGAGGAUUUGUUUUGUUGUACUAACUGGCCUAUUUUGAUACUGUGUUUCCUUAUCCAGGGAGUUCCAGGUAUGUUUUUCUAAAUCUCUCCCAUAUUACAGCAUCAAUAAAAUGGUUUCUUCUUUUUU